AAAGAGAAAAAUGGAUCAAAGAUUUUACUUUUCUACGGUUCUUGAAUCUUGAUCUCUGAGACAGAGUUCUACCGACAGUUUACUACCAAGUCAAGAGUUCCCAGACUGGAAACCUCGUACAUCGAACUUAAAGGAUCCCAGGUUUCACUUUCUUCGCACGUUUUAGGAAGAUAGUAUUAGUAUAUGCUUGAGUCUUGAGACCAAUUUUUUCUGCUACUCUCAUAGAUAUAGUGAGAUACUGAGAUAUCAGUGUUAGGGUUUUCAGGUUUUUGGGUUUUAGGGAUUACUGUUUCAAGAUUCUUCCCCAUUUAGCAGAGCUUAAGGUGGUCGGAGUGGUGGUUUCUGAUUCAGUGGAUGCCAUUGGGAUUCUAUGGCGAACAAAGUAACCUCGGGGGAUAGUAGGACUAGGAGCUCGGUGUCGAUUUUUAUAGUAGCGGGUCUCUGUUGUUUCUUCUAUUUACUGGGAGCGUGGCAAAGGAGUGGGUUCGGGAAGGGAGACAGCAUAGCAUUGGAGGUGACAAAGACGAGUAAAGAUUGCAACAUCUUGCCGAGUCUAAAUUUCGAGACACAUCAUAGCGGUCGAGCUGGGAGUAUUGAUGAGUCGGAGUCGAAAGUGAAAGAGAUUAAGCCUUGCCAUCCUCGCUACACCGACUACACUCCAUGCCAAGAUCAAAGGCGUGCUAUGACCUUUUCGAGGCAAAAUAUGAUCUACCGAGAAAGGCACUGCCCUCCUCGAGAAAAGAAGUUGCAUUGCCUUAUCCCGGCGCCAAAAGGAUAUGUAACCCCGUUCCCGUGGCCAAAGAGUCGGGAUUAUGUUCCUUACGCCAACGCACCUUACAAGAGCUUGACGGUCGAGAAGGCGAUUCAGAACUGGGUUCAGUAUGAAGGGAAUGUUUUUAGGUUCCCGGGAGGGGGAACGCAGUUUCCUCAAGGAGCGGAUAAAUACAUUGAUCAGCUUGCUUCGGUGAUCCCGAUUAAAGACGGGACCGUUCGUACUGCGUUGGAUACCGGUUGUGGGGUUGCGAGUUGGGGUGCGUAUCUUUGGAAGAGGAAUGUUAUAGCCAUGUCCUUCGCCCCGAGAGAUUCACAUGAAGCUCAGGUCCAGUUUGCCCUUGAAAGGGGCGUGCCCGCUGUUAUUGGUGUACUCGGGACCAUCAAAUUGCCAUAUCCAUCUCGAGCAUUCGAUAUGGCUCACUGUUCUCGUUGUCUAAUCCCGUGGGGUGCUGGAGAUGGAAUUCUUAUGAUGGAAGUCGAUCGAGUUCUUAGACCGGGAGGCUACUGGGUGCUUUCCGGCCCGCCUAUCCAUUGGAAGACUAACUACAAAGCCUGGCAACGUCCAAAGGAAGAACUUCAAGAAGAACAAAGGAAAAUCGAAGAGAUCGCUAAACUUCUGUGUUGGGAGAAGAAGUCCGAGAAGGGCGAAAUUGCGAUUUGGCAGAAGAGGAUGGAUGUUGAUUCGUGUCGAGCUUCACAAAAGAAGUCCAAAGCUACUUUUUGUCAAUCUGGUGAUCCAGACGACGUCUGGUAUAAGAAAAUGGACGUAUGCAUAACUCCAUCUCCCAAAGCAAACAUUGACGAGUCUCUCAAGAAAUUCCCGGAAAGACUUACCGCUAUUCCCCCAAGAAUUGCUAACGGGUUGGUUUCGGGAGUCUCAGCUGAGGCAUAUCUCGACGACAACAAGAAGUGGAAGAAGCACGUUAGUGCUUACAAAAGAAUCAAUAAGAUUAUCGACACGGGAAGGUAUCGCAACAUUAUGGAUAUGAAUGCGGGAUUGGGAGGUUUUGCUGCGCAGCUUACGUCUCCUAAACAGUGGGUUAUGAAUGUCGUUCCUACAAUUGCUGAUAAAAGUACUUUGGGUGUUAUAUAUGAACGAGGAAUGAUCGGUAUCUACCAUGACUGGUGUGAAGGCUUCUCCACGUACCCGAGGACUUAUGAUCUCAUUCACGCUAAUGGUGUCUUUAGCUUGUACAAGGACAAGUGUGAUUUCGAGGACAUUCUUUUGGAAAUGGACAGGAUUUUACGCCCGGAAGGCGCGGUCGUUUUCAGAGACGAAGUCGACACGCUGAUCAAGGUGAGGAGGAUCAUAGGAGGUAUGAGAUGGGACUACAAACUGAUGGACCAUGAAGACGGUCCCCUCGUGCCCGAGAAAAUACUAGUCGCGGUGAAAAAGUAUUGGACUUUGAACGACACGAACUCCACAUCCGCGCAAUGAGGAGUACCCGAGGGAGAGGCGAGGAAUGACCGGUGCGAUGGUGUAGAUUACGAGCAUGAAUGGAAAGCUUUCACCACUUGAAGAAGCAUUUUUGCCACAAGAAAUUGUUGGAGCAUUAGGGUUUGGUUUGCAUUUGGGUGUCUGUACCAUGAACAUGUUGUUUAUUGCUCCACAAACUAUACAUACAUGGAGCCCUGUAACAUUAUGCUUUAGAUCUGUGCACUACGUCUCGAAAACAGUGUUGUUUCACACUUUCGCUAGACGGGACACAUUUUUCAAUUUGGUACAAAAAGUCGCGUUUAGCCAACUUUAAUAUACGGGAAAGUUUGUAGUCACUA